UUGCGCAUUUGGUUCUUGCGUUUGCUUCUCUCCUCCUCUCCUUCUCUCCUCUUUUCCAUCCUCCACUCUCCAGCCAGCAAACACAAACACAAACACACAACCACAAACACAAACACGAAACAGGCAAACGCAGACAGGCCCUCCGAUCACUCAAACGCACAAGUCUGUGCGCAUCGCAGUACCACCAGCAGCAGAAAGCUUCAUCAGCGUUGCACAUGAGUCAGUACUGGUCAUCGGUGCAGCAUGCUUCACGCUCAUCCUCCGUUUCGUCGAUUGAUAGCGACAGCGAUAGCGUCGAUUCCGAUGACGAUCCUCUGACCACAGCAUCACCACACACGAACGGCGGCAAUUCUGCUGAUGCCGCCACAGAGCAGCAUCAGGCUGGAAGCCACAUCAAGAGCCAGGGCACGACCAAGUCCGCGCCCACAACCGUAACCGCCAAACUGGCCACGUCAGAACCAUGCGAAGGCACACCCACCCCAAAUAGCAGCAGUAACAGCAUCAACAGCAGCACCAGCACAUGCAGUCAUGGCGACAGUGGCCACGGCAGCCUCGGCACGGCCUCUGCAUAUUCGUCGUCAUCGACCUCCUAUCCCAUGUACUCCUCCGCGUCGUCGUCGUCGGGCUCCUCGUCGUCUGCGUCGCUGUACAGCCGCUUCACCCCGCUCUCCUCUCGCUCCGGCGCCCUCCACAGCCCGCCAGACAUGCACGCGCACAGCACCGAUGAGCACGACAAUGGUGAUGCAACAGGCAAGGGCAACAGUGUUGCGAGUGCUGAUGACGCCAUUUCGCGCAUUGUCCAUGCUGAUGAGGAGUAUGGUAGCGACGCAACAGUCGUUGCCGCACGUACAGACGUCUUUGAUGAUGAUGAUGACGACGACGACAUUCAUGAUGAUGAUGAUGAUGAUGAUGAUGAUGAUGAUGAUGAUGAUGAUGAUGAUGAUGAUGAUGAUGAUGAUGAUGAUGAUGAUGAUGAUGAUGAUGAUGAUGAUGAUGAUGAUGAUGAUGGUGGUAUCGACGACAUUCAUCAUGAUCAUGAUGAUGAUGUGGUGCGAUCACCCUCACCCAGCCCAGCAGCACCAACAUCUUCAAACCACCCUCCUUCCUCUUCCUCUUCCUCCUCUUCCUCCUCCUCCUCUUCUGCGUCGUCGACUACAACGACUGCGCGGCCCAAAGCGCAGCGAGGCGUGCCAUCACCACCAUCUUCAACCACGGCACAAGACGCCGCCGCCACAGCAUCAGCAUCAGCAUCAGCAUCAACAACUGCUCCCCAGUCCGCUCCCCAGUCCGCUCGCGUCACAUUUGAUGCCCCGCAAGACCGCGGUGACGAGGCAGCUGAACUCCUCCUCCACCACCACCACCAACACCACCAGCAGCACCAACACCACCAACAGCAGCACCAACAGCAGCAGCAAGAGCAACCCAAUGACGUACAGCAUGUGCCCUCUUCCUCCGCCACAUUCACGCCUGUUGACUCUAGCCAUCGCCAGCAGCAACGUGGUGUCUACGGUGCUUUGCCAUCGAGAUCAAUCAACAGCACAUACGCCACUGCCGGCACCAGCACAAUCACCCACACAGAUGACAGCCACAGCAGCCACAGCAACACCAAUAGCUACAACAGCAGCGCUCGCGCGUACAGCCGCGCGUCGAUGCGGAGCGGACCACAUGUCCACCGCGCCCGGCAGUCGUGUCCACCCUCGUCCGUUGGCAGUGCACACAUGCAGCCUCCACGUGCAUCGCCCACACCGACAGGUAGAGCAUCGAGAGGGACAGGAUCCAGGGCAGCGUCGUCAGCGUCGUCGACAUUUGGCCUGAGCUUUGGUGGCUCGCGACUCGGGGCACGGCGCAGCAACAGCACCGCCAACAUCAGCAGCAGCGGUGGCCAUGGCAGCACCAUUGGCGGGCCCGGGCUACGGCCCGAGCAGAACACGGGCGCCCUGCUCGCCCUGUUUCUCCUGGAGAGGCUGUGCGUCCUCAACGAGUCUACGGCACACGCCCGCGCACACCACACGUACCGCGAGAGCAUCCGCAUGCUGCAGCGGCUGGGCAUUCUCCCGGACAGCAGCGCCAUCCCAAACCUGAGCGAGCGGUACCGGCGCCAGUUUGCCGCCAUCUUCAGCGACGUGCAGGACCAGGUCGAUCUCUGGGACGCCGCGUCUGCCGCCGAGGCCAUGGGCAACCUUGGUGUUGGCGGUAUUGCUGGUAUUGGUGGUGUUGGUGGUGUUGGCGGCAUUGGCGGGGUGAUGCGUGGGCAGCGGCUGCGGGGAGCGAUGCACGUUGGCCCGACAUCGGUGUCGUCCCCAACAUCACCCAUUGUGUUCAACUGGCCAACGCCACCACAUCCGGACAGCAGCGCCAACCCGAGCACGAGAACAGCAGCAGCAGCAGCCACGUCGGAGUCGCAGCGGGCGGCGUUCUUUGCUGGCGACGUGCAGGAGGACGCAUUGGCACUGCCCUCACUCGUGCUCGCGCCCAACUACAAUUAUGGCGACAGUGACACCGCCACUGCCGUUGGUGGCGAGCUGGCGCACCGCAUGAGCAGCAAUCACGUGGCAGGCCCACACGCCACCGCAUCAACAGCAGCUGCGGCAGCAGUGCUGGAGGAGGCCGAGGCUGAGAUGCGCCAGCAGCUGCACCUCAAGUACAGCAAGCGCUUCAGCCAGGAGUUUACCGACCACGAGCUGCUGGGCAAGGGCGGGUUUGGCGCGGUGUACCGCGCACGUCACCGCAUCGACCAGUGCCAUUACGCAAUCAAGGUCAUGCCCUUGCCGCAGGAGAAUGCGGAGCUCGUGACGCAAGAGGCAGCUAUCCUCUCGCGCAUCGAGCACGAAAACAUUGUGUCAUACAAGACAACGUGGGUGGAGACGGACGAUGGCACAUUCAACUUUGAUGAUGAUGACAGCGACGAGUUUGAUGACGACGAUGAAUAUUACAGUGAAGAUGAGGAUGAUGAGGAUGUUGAGGAUGUGGAUGGCAAUGGUAAUGACAGUGAUGAUGAACAGACUGAUGGCACCUUGGUCCAGGGUGGUGUGUCAACGGCAGCCUCCGGUGCCAGAGGCCUGCGCAUCAAGAACAAGGGCAGCGCAAGCGAUGCCGCGGGUACAACAGCACCAACCAAGUCCAAAUCCAAGCCCAAAAUGAAGCAAUCGAGCAAGCACCAGCAGCGUGGGCGCGCGUAUGAGUCUGAUGGGUGGAGCACCGUGCUGGCAGAGGAGGACAUUAGCGACGACGAGCUGGAGCGAGCGCUGUUUCCGGACGUGUUCGUGUCCACAGAUGCCCGCGACGGCAGCACUGACACCGAUGAGAGCGACGACGGGUGGCGCUCCAGCUUUACAGACGAGGAUGACGAUGAUGAUGAUGAUGAUGAUGAUGAUGAUGAUGAUGAUGAUGAUGAUGAUGAUGAUGAUGAUGAUGAUGCUGGUGGUGAUGGCGAUGGUGAUGGCGAUGGUGAUGGUGAUGGCGAUGGUGAUGGCGAUGGUGAUGGCGAUGGUGAUGGCGAUGGUGAGGAGGGUGACAACAGAGACACCGAACCAGGCACUACCAACAGCCGUGAUGGUGGCGGCGGUGGCGCUGGUGGAAUGUCCCGGUUGUUCCGGCGUCCCGGUGACGAGAGCUCGAGCACGAGUGUGAGCGUGAGCGCUCACAACAGCGCAGCCGUCAGCGACAACGAUGGCCCCAACGCUGACGAUCUUGGCGGAGACGGUGGUGAUGAUGACGUUGUGAUGGGUGCCAAUGAUGUGUUUGGAGACGAUGAUGAUGACGACAUUGUGUUUGGUCAUGUUGGCGCUGACACCAUGGGUGCACACACACACCACCAUGGCGGCGAUGGUAAUGGUGACAACGAUGACGAUGAUGCGCCCAUCGAGCGGGAGCUUCGGGGAAUAAUGGCCCGCGCAACGGCAGCAGCCACCAGCAGCGCUGACACCACGCAGGGUCGCGGCAAGACGAAGCAGCUCAAGGCGCUGAGUGAAUCAUCUGCCGCAACGGCGACCCCAGAUGACGCAGCAGCACAGCGUUCAUCCGAUGCGUCUGGUACGACAUCGGGCAGCAGCAAACACACCCUAGGACACCACCGCCACAAGUCCUAUGAACCGCCCCAGCACCAGCACCAGCAUCACCAGCAUCAUCAUCAUCGGGACGACGUGCACACGCCGCCCGCACAGAUUGUGGUGGACGUACACGCCACCUUGUAUGACGGCCACGGAGGGUCGUUCCCGCUGCUCGACGGGGUGUGCCGCUGCAGCGUGCAGUCGCCGUCACGCCACGCCCACCCGCUGUACGCAAUGCAGCCGUGGGGCGCACGUCACAUGCUCAACUCCCCGUCACCGCGCAUCACGGUGCUGUCGAGUGAAGACUCGCCAACCCCGGGCGUUGGCAAGCGCUCCCGCAACACGAGCAUCGACUCGCUCAAGGCGUUUGACACGAGCAGGCCGCGCGCUGGGACGACGGCCGCGCCAGUGCUGCACCACGUGCGACCAGCACGCCCGUGCCCCACAGCGAGAGGCAGUGAUGGUGGAAUGGAGGGUGGUGACGUUGGUUGUGGUGACGCUGGCGGUGGUGACGAUACCAGUGGAACGCGGACAGCGGGGAAGGUCAACCGCAAAACUGGCGAUGCAGAUGACUGUGUCGAUACCAAACCAGACGCGCAACAGCAGCAGCAGCAGCAGCAGCAGCAGCAGCAGCAGCAGACGCCGCAGCGACAGCAGAGUUGUGGAGGCGGUGAUGAAGUGAACCAUGAUGGUGCCGCUGGUGGUGGCAAUGAUGGCAGUUGUGAUGAGAAAGAUAAGACAGCGGACGAAGCGCGCUUCACAACACCGCCGCCGCCUGAUUCACCACGCCCAUCAGUGCCGCCAACACCGCCGCGCCAGACCAGCCGCUGUAUCGUGUGCGGACUGCCACGUCUUCCGCCCCAGGCGUCACCGCCCAGCCAAGAUGCGCAGCAGCACAAUGACAAUGUCAACGGCAACACCAGCACGAGCACUGCCACUGCAACAACAGCGGCCACAACGAAGGCGACAACAGGUCAAGCAGCAGGUGUGGCGAAGCGUCGGCUGGGCAUGGGCAGCGGCGAGUUUGGUGCUGUGUACCGCAAUGAUGAUAACGGUGAUGUGGAAGAGGCGACGAGCACACGCAGCCUCCCGCCGCCAAAUCAAACAUCGUCCACAACAGGCCAUGAGAAGAGGAGGAGGGGCAACGGGCGCAAGAAGAAGCCGAGCAAGCGCACACGCGACCGACGGCGCGGUAUUCGUGGCGGCGGCAGCAGCACCACGCACGCAGCCCGCCGCAUCCUGGGGAUGGCGGAACAGUGGCACGCAUCCUCCUCCACCACCACCACUGCUGCUGCUGCUGCUGCUGUGCAGGAGGAAGUGGGAGCGCUGGUGGCAUACCGGCCCGACCAUGCAAAACUGAUGGCAUUCGCACAGCCGCCACCGCCGAAGCUCUGCCUGUUCAUCCAAAUGGAGCUGUGCCAUGACAACCUGCACAGCUGGCUGCGGGAGCGGUGGGCCGAGAGUGGAGACGCGCCCGUGGUGGCCCUGCAUGAAGUUCCAACACGCAUGCGCAUUCUGCAGCAGCUGCUUACCGCCGUCGCCUACCUGCACGACCAGGGCCUUAUCCACCGCGACAUCAAGCCGCAAAACGUGCUGUUGAAACAUGCGCCCGCCAGCAGGAACGGCAGCGACGACGACGACGACGACAGCGGCACCAACAGCAACACAGACACGGACACCACGCCAUUCAGAACAUCGCAGCACCCAGAUGUCCCCACGGUGCUGCUGGCAGACUUUGGACUCGCGCGCCUGCUCAACACGGGCGCAGACGACACCACGAGCAACAGCAACACGACCAACACGACCACAGACGUCAGCACGGUCGGCACGCGCACGGGGACGGGGUCUGCGGCACGAUCAAGUGCGAUUGGCACACCGGGAGCACCAGGCACGCCAACGCGCGGAGACACCCGCAGCCGCCUGUGGUCACGGCGAAGCUCAGGCUCGUCCAUCUUUGACCACCAGCACCAACAGCAGCAGCAUGGUGGGAGCGCACUUGGGUCGCCACGACACGCACGCAACAGGCGGCUGGGCAGCAGUGGGCUGCACACGCCGCGGCGAAGUGGCAUGCAUGGAUCAUCCGUCUCGCUGCGUACGCGGGCAAUCGAGGACAGGCUGGCGGUGGUGGCUGCGGAGCAAGAGGAGGAGCAGCAGCAGCAGCAGAUGCGACAGGCGCGACUGCACAACCCGGUCUCUGACCUGCAGGCCAUGGGGCUCCUCCGCUCAGAACUCACAACAGGCCUGGGCACGGAGACGUAUUCCUCACCGGAGCAGCUGGCGGGCGCGACGUACGACCACAAGGCGGACAUGUAUUCCAUCGGCAUCAUCCUGCUGGAGCUCAUGAACAACUUCAAGACGGAGAUGGAGCGCGGGUACAAGAUCCGCGACCUCAAGAACCUCGCCCCACCCAUGGACUUUAUGAUGCAGCACAGCGUGCCGUGCUCAUGGGCCCUGAAUCUCGUGUCCAAGGACCCGUCCCAGCGCCUCUCGGCGAAUGCACUGCUGAGAUUUGUCAGAGACUUUGAUUACGACCUUGAGCUGCAGACAACGCCGCAGGUCUCUGCCAGUGCAAGCAUGGCCAACCUCCAGGCUGGCGAGGAAGAUGACGUGAGACACGCGCUGUGCAAGUCCACCGUCACCAUCAACCAUUAUCGGACAAGACUAGAGCAAACGGAGGAUGAGCUGCAUGCGCGCGAUGAGCAGCAGAGCCGGCUCGGCGGGUACCUGCAGCGGCUGGAGGCGCGCGUUGCGCACUUGGAGCAGCAGCUGGAGCUGAAGGAGGAGGAGAACAGGCGGCUCAGGUGCGAGGCUGUGAAGCAUCGCAAGACCGUUCGCCGGCUCAAGGGCAGCCAGCGCUCGCGCGGCGACUGAUGACGUUGAUGUUGGGGAGGAAGUGGAGAAUGUGGCUGGAUGGAUGGCAUGUGGUGUGGCUGGAUGACAUGAGACAUGGACGGAUGGGUGGUUUGGCACGCACGGGCACAUGAUUGAUUGCUAUUUGAUUUUAAUGUAAAGAUGUGAAAGAGGGGUGGGUGAGGAAGACGUGGAGAAACGCAACCAUAUGAGGUGGAAGAACACGAUAUGCUUAUGCAUGUGUUGGUCAGAGACGACACUCUGUGUUGCGUGGCUGUGUAACGUUUCCUAUUUGUGUGCGUUGUGUCACAAUCAGUUCUUAUUUUAUUACACUCCUGCUACGCUCUCCCACUGAAGGAAGAGCACAACAGUAAACCGUAAACUACCCUGAGA